UCUUGGAAGUGGUGGUGCGAAUGUUUUAAUGCGAGCCUCCAGUUUGAUAGCAAAGUUUACCUAUAAAACUGUCCUUCAACUGCCUACAUAGGGAAUUUCAGUCAAUGUUUUGUCAUUGUGAAGUACCAUCACAUUUUUAAGGCAGUUUAGAUUUACUUAAACACGACAACAGCUGGUUGAACAUUGCCCACGAGCCAUCUCCAGCGGGAGUUUUUGAACACACGGACAGCGAGGUUGAGGCGAUUUUUUUUUGGGACGUACCAGUUCAGGAGAAAUGUUGCUAGCUAGCUUAACGUUAGCUAUAUAUAAAACAAUUAUCUCGCGUCUUUUGUUUGUUUUAUAAUGCGGUGUUUUGGCUCGGAGGGAUCAAGCGGUGUUUCUGCAGCUGGCGUGGAAGACACCAGGAGGAGAAAACAGUGGUGAAAGCAAGAGUGAUAACCCGAAAAACGUCUUAUCAUCAGACACACCGAUUGAAAAUAAAAGAGACAGAACCUACCUGUGCCGCAAAAAGUUGGGUAAACAACACUUUCCUGUGGAUACCCUAUCGCCGCCACCUACCGCCAAAAGGACCAACAGCAUGUACAACUGGUAAAGCUACUCCUGCAGUGAGUCAGUAUCAUGGAGGCAGGAAGCGGGAGUGCAGCAGCAGUGGGGAGUGCAGCUCUAGGGCUGCUCGGAGCCACGGCAGCAGCCAGCCAUGACAUCUCUGACAGGGGCCUGAGGCCAGGGCGUCACCCAGAGGAGGAUGACAUAGUGCCUGAGCUGACCCGCCUGGUCUACCCCAGAGAGAGACCUGACUGGGAGGAGACCAUCAGUGCCAUGGCGCGGAGUGCCGAGGUUCCCGAGCUGAGCGCCGAGCCCCUCCUGCGCUCCUGCAGCAGCACGGCCAGCAUGAAGGUCAAGAAUGUCAAGAAACUGUCCUUCACCAAAGGCCACUUCCCCAAGCUGGCUGAGUGCGCCCACUUCCACUACGAGAACGUGGACUUUGGCACCAUCCAGUUGGCCCUCGCGGAUGAACAGAGUGAAGUGACACGGAAUGGCUUUGAGUCCAAGGAGCUGCAGUACUUGGUCCAGAUCUACUGCCAGGGCCGAAGCUGGAUUGUGAAGCGCAGCUAUGAGGAUUUCCGUGUCCUGGACAAGCACCUGCACCUUUGCAUCUAUGACCGCUGCUUCUCGCAGCUGCCUGGGCUGCCUCGAUUCGACAGUCUGAGGGAUCGCGCCGAGGCAGUUUCCCAGAUGCUGAUGGCUUACCUCUCCCGCCUCUCAGCGAUCGCUGACAACAAGAUCAACUGUGGGCCCGCCCUCACGUGGAUGGAGGUUGAUAACAAGGGCAACCACUUACUGGUCCACGAGGAGUCCUCCAUCAAUGUACCCGCCAUCGCCGCCGCCCAUGUCAUCAAACGCUACAUCGCGCAGGCCGCUGACGAACUCUCCUUCGAGGUUGGGGACAUUGUGUCGGUUAUUGACAUGCCCCCCAAAGAGGACACCACAUGGUGGAGGGGCAAGCACGGCUUUCAGGUUGGCUUCUUUCCCAGUGAGUGUGUGGAGCUGAUAAACGACAAGGUGCCGCAGUCCGUCACCAACUCUGUGCCAAAACCAGCAUCCCCCUGCUCUGGUCUGCGGCCUGCCUCCUGGAGUCUCUUCCCACCCUAUUUGGAGAUGGAGAGUGUAAAGCAGGACAGUGCGUGGGUGGCUGACCCGUUAAACCACUACAGCCUGAGCUCAGUGUCUAAGAAGCACGGGAAACUGAUCACGUUCCUGCGCACUUUCAUGAAGUCCAGGCCCACCAAACAGAAGCUGAAGCAGCGGGGUAUCCUCCGGGAGAGGGUGUUUGGCUGUGACCUGGGGGAGCACCUCCUCAACUCGUGCCACGAUGUUCCCCAGGUACUCAAGAGCUGCACAGAGUUUAUUGAGAAGCAUGGCGUGGUGGACGGCAUGUACCGCCUCUCUGGAAUCGCCUCCAACAUCCAGAAACUACGGCAUGAGUUUGACUCAGAGCAGAUACCCGACCUGACUAAAGACGUGUACAUCCAGGACAUCCACUGUGUAGGCUCCCUGUGCAAGCUCUACUUUCGUGAACUGCCCAACCCCCUGCUCACCUAUCAGCUCUACGAGAAAUUCUCUGAGGCAGUCUCCGCAGCUACAGAUGAGGAGCGGCUCAUCAAAAUACAUGAUGUCAUCCAGCAGCUGCCGCCGCCGCAUUACAGGACUCUGGAGUUCCUCAUGAGGCACCUGUCCCAUCUGGCCACCUUCAGUUACAUUACCAACAUGCACAGCAAGAACCUGGCCAUCGUCUGGGCCCCCAACCUACUGAGGUCCAAGCAGAUAGAGUCGGCCUGCUUCAGCGGCACAGCAGCCUUCAUGGAGGUCCGCAUCCAGUCGGUGGUGGUGGAGUUCAUACUGAACCAUGUAGACGUCCUCUUCAGCCCCAAGCUCAGCUCACUCAUACGGGAGGGAGCAGGACACAACUCGUUGUCGCGGCCCAAGUCCCUGCUGGUUUCAUCCCCCUCCACCAAGCUGCUGACCCUGGAGGAGGCCCAGGCCCGGACCCAGGCCCAGAUCAACUCCCCCGUCACAGCCGACAGCAAGUACAUUGAAGUGGGGGAGGGCCCGGCAGCCCUGCAGGGCAAGUUCCACACUGUCAUCGAGUUCCCUACUGAGAGAAAGAGGCCCCCCAUCAAGUCCAAAAAGUCUCCGGUGGGCAGCUGGCGCUCCUUCUUCAACCUGGGCAAGUCCUCGUCCAUGUCCAAGCGCAAGCUGCACCGCGAACCCAACGAACUCAAGGCCAUGGCAGGAGGCAGGGGGGACACUGGGACGCUCCGAUCGGCCAAAAGCGAGGAGUCGCUCACCUCGCUACACAACGUUGAAGGAGAGUCGAAGGUGUACCGUCCGCGGCGGCCCCGCUCCAGCAGCGACGCCCUCUCGGCCUCCUUCAAUGGGGACCUGCUGGACUGCCACACCCGGCAGCACUGCAACUCCUACGACAACCUGACCCAGGGCCACAGCGGAGGCCCCACACGCGACAGCAACGGGGACGAGGGGCCCAUCUGCGUGCCCGUCCUCAUUUCGCCCCCGCGUUCGGCCGGCGAGGACGUGGACCUUAGCCCACCCGACAUCGGCAUGGCCUCGUUGGACUUUGACCCCAUGUCGUUCCAGUGCAGCCUGCCUGACUGCUCUUUCUCCUUCCCCCUGGGGCUGAGUGAUGUAGCCACAUGUGCAGCGGGUGAGAGCACCAGCGUGAAGAGGAGCCAAGGCGGUGUUGACAGCGGCUCGGCACCAGUCUCACCCUCCUUCCUGGGGAAGUUCACCAUCCCCUUCCUGUCACCCGACCUCAGCCCGGCCACGAGAGAGAAAGCUGAGAGCAAGAAGCUGACCUGCUCCAUGUCUUUCCCAGACAAACCCUUACAGGCUGCGUCCCCAAUAAAGUCGAAGGCAACCAUUUUGGCUCCUCUGGCCGUUUCAGAGCCGUUUGCCAUGGAGUUUCCCAGUAAGCUUACAGAAAGCCACAGUGUUACCCAGCCUUCCCCCCCUCCCUCGGGACUUCCCAGGGACUCUCCUCCGUUAAUGGGCUCAGUGCUGCUGAGGACAGGGGAGCCGUCGCUGAGUGAGGCCUUCCAGAUGGAGCUGCACUGUAAGCCCUCUGCUUUCGACACUGAUAUCAACACUGAGAGCCAAGACUCAACAGGAGAGGAGAGCACUGCCCAGCAACCUUCAGCAACCAGUAGCCAGGAACAGCCAGGAGCCGUAGCUAGUAUGGAGUCUCCAAAGGCCUCCCCCGGCCCUCUCAGCAGCUCCUCCGUGUCCCUCCUUCCUCCCUUGCCCCCUCAGAAGAACUCCGCCUGCAUGCUGGUUCUGGCAGAGUCCACCCAACAGGCCUCCAUCCUGACCCAGGGGUCCUCCCAGUCCCAGUCCCCCAUCAGGCCCAUGGAGCCCUCACACUCCCUGGACUGGACCCCUCCCCCAGCCCUGUGCCCCCAGACUGCCCUCAAGGAGGGACCCAGAGCAGGAGCAGCCCAAAACCCAACCCUAAGCCCAACCACCCCAAACAUCGCCCCUUCCUCCUCUCUCCCUCCCACCACCCCUACUGACAAACAGCCAAGCCAGUCAGCCAGCCAUCAGUCCAUCAGUACGUCUGCCAGUGCUAAGUCCCCCUCCACUCCUCCCGGAGCCAGCCAGGAUAUAGAUUUCACCCCACCAGCAUCCCCCCACCACCAGUGUCUCACCACUCCCUCCAGCCCUCCUGCCCAUGUGUCCCCCACUCGGAAGAGUCCAAAGAGGCAGCAGCCCGCUAUGGGCCAGGUAGCGGUCAGCAGCACUGGAUCCUCCACCACCACUCCCAGCAGCAAGGAGACAGGUGUCCUGCCACAGCCUGCUCCUGAGGUCUAUGUAAAUGAUAGCGUCUGGUCGCCAACUCUUCCGAAACCCUCGGAGCAGCCAGUGGCAGUUCUGCAGCCUCAACCUCUGCCUCAAUCACAGCCUCAUAUACAGUCCCAUCCUCACCCGCAGGCCCAGCCGCAGUUACAGCCCCAUCCCCAGCCUAACGCCAGAGUGGCCCCCAUCCCAGCCGAGCAGGUGGAGAGACCAUGGGAGGCCAUAAAGCCAGUACAGCCCCGCAUGGAGCCUGCGACCCGCCAUCAUGCCCAUGGGCCAACGCCUCCCGUCCGCUCUAUUGAGAGCAAACUGGCAACCACCGUCCUCAGCCACACAGAGGCCGCCAACCCUACCAUCUUCCACAACAUCCUGGCAGAAGCCUCCACGCCUGAAGAGGCCCUCACCCGUCCUCCCCCUCCCCCGCUAAAGUCUUCCACCCACCAGUCAGCCUACCUCUACCACACCAAGGGAGAGGCCGCCUUACUGGAGCCUCCUGGGGAGGCCUACUACCACCAACGGGCCAUUCCCGUGGGGCAACCUUCAUACCACUACCGGCCAGACAGUGUUCCCCCACACCUCUCCUACGUCUCCAAGUCGGAGCCUCAGAUACCUUACAGUGCCCGCACGGACCACCGCUACAACACCCUGGCUCACUCCAGGUCCUACCACCAGUCCAUGAAGCACCGCGGGGCCCCCAGGAGUGGCGAGUACAUCUCCCCCGGCCUGGGACACCGCAGCCAGGUCUAUGGCCCCAUGGAGGGAGCCCCGGUCUACCCCACCAUCCGCAGAGUGCACUCGCUACAUGUGCCCUCAACCAUCCGUUCGGUGCCCAUCCAGCGGACCGAGGUGCCUCCAGACGACGAGCUCUUGUACUACCAGCGGCCCGUCUACCAGUGCAAGGCCUAUCAGCAGCAGCAGCUGCCGCAACAGUCCUUGCAGGCCGACUACCACGUCACCCAGCUCCAGCCUUACUUUGAGAACGGCCGGGUGCAGUACCGUUACGGCCCCUAUUCGCCUAGCGCCAACCCGCUGGACGCCCCUUACUACGACGUGGACCCCUACGGGACCAUCCGGAUGCGGCACUUCCACUCGUUCAGCAGCCGGGACCUGGGGCCCACCCUCAGCCGGUCGGGGGGCAAGGCGGGCGGCUACCACUACCUGUCCCGCCCCGUCCUUCCUCCAGGGAAGGAGCAAAGCUUGUUCAGCAGAGACAUACCCCCGUGCCACAGCUCCAAGGGAACCGCCUUCUACUUUGCUUGGGACCCCGAGGAGUCGGGAAGGCUCCAGAUGCACUCCAGCCGCAGGGAGAGCCGGGCCAGGCAGAAGGUCAGGGGUCCCGUCAUGUCUCAGUAUGACAACGUAGGCCUGUUCAUGCCUGGUGACUUGGGGGGGUACGAAACCCUACACCUGCGCAGUAAGUCAGACCCCAGCAAAGCCUACGGCGUACCGCUAGGCUUCCAGCACGCUCCCCGAGCGUCAGACCCCGACGUCCUCAUGUACAUGGAGACAGAGAAGCACUGUCAGGGGACCGACACUGGGGACAAACAAAGCAGAUCCAGGACCUGCCAGGCCUCCCACUCGCACCAAGCCCAACACCCACCCCGCAACCAGUCUCAUCAGCAGGACCCCAGCCGACACAACCCAGCGGACGGAGCUCGGAGCUUCCAACCCCGCUACGAAUGGCCCGAUCCAGACCGGCAUCCAAACAUGGCCAAAACCCCCGGUGGUUACCAGGAAAAAGACGACCAGCAACAACAGUCGGCCCCCGUCAAAGCGCAGGCCCCUCCCAAGCCUGAGCGGUCGCAAAGCGUCCGAGAGCAGCAGCAGCACUACAGCCAAGCCACCAUGCCCGAACCAGACAGAGAAUACUCAUACCAGCCCCACGGUGGGCAGCAGAGACACAGCACCAUGACGGUGCAGUCCCACUACGACAACAUGGAUGACUACCACCCAGCAGCAGUACCUCAGCCACAGGCCCUCAUGCCAAACCCCCAUGGGGGCUCCUCUGGCUCUUUCCCCACCAACCCUGGCUUCACAGGUAGCCACAGCAACAGAGCGUACUCCACUGCCUUGGGCCAGGGUGCCUUCAUCCCAGCUGAACUGGCCCUGCAGAGGCCCGAGACAGAAAUACACGCAGAAUGAAGAAGAGACUUGAGAAAAACGUGUCAAACUAACUUUUGCCCGGGUUUUAGGAAGCAAGUAAGUGACUCAACUCGAGAUUAGAAAGUUCCACAGCCUCUGCAGGACAGUGGACUGUCGUCAGACCGUUUCGCAUUAUUUUUCUUCUCUGUAUUUUUUAUGAAUUGUAAAAAUCAAAUUAUAAGAGACUUUUUACAGAAUGUACUGAAUUAACCAUAAUUUCUUCAAUUGUUCUAAGAAGCCACGCAGUUGUGACUCAUUGAAAUGGUAGCUCUUAAUAUUUUAUUUGCUCUGUGACUGUGCCAUUCUUAGCUUUGAUGUAUUUUUGCUAUAAAGCAGAGUGAAUUUAAUUAUAAUGGAAUGCUUUGGUACAGAGGCUUGUUCUUCAUUGUAGGAGGGACCAAACAUUUUGGCAGUCUUUUUGACCGUGAAAGCAUUCUUGCUCAUGUAUGGGCUAACGACUGGUUAUGAGAAUGACAAUGUUACCGUGGGAGGUGUAAAAUAAUUAUUAUUUUAAAAUGUUUUGUAGUCUUGUUUUUUUUCUGCCAAUUUCAAAGGACUAACUUAAUAAAGUUAUGAAAAAUU